AUGGAUGAGGAAGAGAUUGUAGGUUGUAUCAGUUGCAUGGGCAGCAGCGAUUUAUGCGACCUAUUUGCUGUUUAUUCAGAAAAUGAAGAUACCUACGCGAAAAUGUUCGAAACCUGUUUCGAUAUAAAGGUUACAAAUGGUAUGAAAUAUUUAUGUGCAAUAUGUAUGGAAAAAUUAGAAGCAGCAAAUUUAUUUAAAGAACAAACAAUCAAAAAUAUGGCUGUCAUACAUAAUAUUAAAGAAGAGUACUUAGACGAAUCCAUACUGGAGGAGGCAGAGUCUCAGUCUCUACAUAAGACUAAAAAAGACUCUGACCUCAAUUACUAUAAUGAAGGGGACAUGGAUGACGAGCACGCGAUACAAGCUCUGGACGAGACCACCUGCAUCUACUGCAACCUGCAGUUACCAUCGGUUGAGGAGGUCCACGACCACGUGAGGUCCGUGCACGAGUUGGAGCCCAGGACGGGGCUGAAGCUGCGGGAGUGUACGCUCUGUGGGAUCCCCAUGAGGGAUCCUGAUGAUCACAUGCAUAGGUGUCAUGGUAUGAAGUCAGACUGUGAUGGUAGACAGUAUCCGUGCCAUUUCUGCGACAAUAUAUACAACAGCAAGAAGGCGUGCUUCACUCACCUGCGGAUGAAACAUGGACUGAAGCUCUGCAAUGAUCAAAUACCGAAGCACAUGCCCAGGGAACGGAAGAAGUGUCACAUGUGCAGCCGAGACUUCAGCCAGAAGCAAAUCCUGAACAAGCACUUGUGGAAAGCGCACGGAUUCGAGGUGGAGAAACGUAAAGCCUUCACCUGUCCAUUAUGUGAUGAGAGAGUCAGCUACGGCUCCCACUUCAGCGCUCACCUUCUCCACGCACACAGAGUCUGCGAGCAGGUGGAACAGCUCGAGUUCUACAGCAUGGAUGAUUUCUUGCUAUUCAAGAGUGCAAUACAGGAAGAGACGAAGUUCCGUUUCCGGAAGACCACGGCCAGCAAACAGACGAUAGAAGGCGUCAGGUCGCAUUACAUGUGCAGCCAGUCUGGUGUAUAUGUAUAUCAGGGUAAAGGUAAGCGGCCAGCUCCCGAGCGUCAGAUCUACAAGACGGGGAAAGCAUGUCCGGCGCACAUGAUAGUGACUGAGACCAUAGACAGGGUGUUGGUCACGUUCUACAAGACCCACGUCGGUCACGGGCCAUGCCCUUACUUCGAGCCACGAGAACCCAAGAAACAGCGGCCGGACACGCCCGAACAGGACGUGUUAGAAGAUGAGAUAAAAGAGGAGAACGAUGGCAUAGACUCGUAUAUUUGCGACACGUGCGGUAUGGGGUUCCUCGAGAGGGACAAGUUCAAUGUGCACGUCGCCAAUCACGGCCUGAAGUUGUUCCCGUGUCAGUACUGCGAGGAGGAUUUCCCAGAUCUAGACGCUUGGACAUGCCACGUUCGGAGCGAUCACAAGAUGGCGAGCUUAUUUGAAUGAAGCAUACGUUAACAGUACAGACAAAUCGACUUAUAGACAUAGGAUCUAGCUAGCUAAAUAUUUAACA